AUGCCCCCAAAAGAUGUCCGUCGGCUGCUGAAACAACAACGUACAGAAAGACAAAAGACGAAAAAGAUAGAGCACCCUUUUGCCAAAUACGAUACACAAGGCCGCCUUAUCUGUGUGGUAUGCAAUGCGGUGGUGAAAAGCGAGGCCAUCUGGCCAUCCCACUUGGUGUCCGCAUCGCAUAAAGAAAGCAUAAAUAGACUUAGAGCAUUGAAACAACAACAAGCCAGAGACCGAGCCGCCCCGUUAAAACCGCAGACUGACGAACGAAAACGUGUAGCUCCAGCUAAUGAUGAGCCCAAUGACGUUGUGCACUCAAAACGAGCACGAUAUGAUGAACAAGAUCAAGCGGCAGCAGAGCAAGAAGAAGAAGAGGAGGAGGAGGAGGAGGCGGAGGAAGAAGAAUCGUCUGGACUGCCAGCUGACUUUUUUGAUGCCGCGCCUAUGGAGGACACAUCUGUACCUGCAACAGAAACAUCGGUCGAGGUGGAAGGAGAACCUUCAUCGGUAGCCGUGUCAGGAACAGUCGUGGAAAAACCUAGUGGUGGUCUUCCAAGCGGCUUUUUUGAUGAUCCAGAGGAAGAGGCGCGGAUUCGUAAAGAACCUGCACCGAGUGAGCAAAUGGAGACCGCGAUCGAAGAGGACUAUGAAGCUUUUAGGGAAAUGAUGGUGGAGACAACGGAAGAAACGGAAAAGAUGCGCGAGGAAGACGAUGAAGAAUUUUGGUUCGACCGUAAUGAGGAUUUACGACAACAGCAAGCCGAGUUUGAUGCGCGUGUAGAAGAGCUAAAGAAACUUCGAGAAAAGAAAGGCGUUCCGAAACCGUUGUCACCGUUACGGCGAGUGGACUUUGAUGAUAAAGACGCCGAGAUUCGGUCGUAUCUUAAAUCCAGUGUACGCGAUAUUCUGAAGAAGGCGCCUGCCAAGAAACCCGUAGCGGUGUUUGACGAUAUGGAAGAAGAUGAGGAUGAAGACGAAGAGGACAUGAGUGCCGAUGAAUCUUGGGCAUGGCGAGCCCAGCAGCUCUAA